AUGUUUACUUGUUCAAUUUGUAAUGAGACAUUUGUUGGAAUUCACCAUGACACUACUUAUACAACACAGUGUGGCCAUGUCUUUCAUCAUGAAUGUCUUAAGAAAUGGUUAACAAGAUCAAAAACUUGCCCACAUUGUCGUUCACCGGUACUAGAAAAUAAUCUGAUUAAAUUAUUUUUGCAAGUUGAUUCUAAUGCUCAAGUAACAUUGGCUGAUAAAAAAGAUGAAACAAUAUUUAGACUAAAGGAGAAUUUAAGAAGAUUAAAAGAGAAAGAAACCCAUAGUGCUAACACAAUCUAUUGUCUUGAAACUCAACUAAAACAUUCAAAGAAUGCUAUAGAGCUUAGCAAAGCAUCUUUUCAUGCAUGUAAAAAAGAAGCUGAAAAUCAAAAAAAGUAUAAUUCUGAAAUUUCUGAUCAACUAACAUUAAAGACUAUAAAAUGCAAUGAAUCGGAAAUUGAGAGAAACAAAUUUCAGGCUGGGUAUUCACUCCUGCAAUCAAAAAUUAAAUCACUUAACCACGAACUUUACGAUUUACAAUCUGCAAAUUCAUCUGUUAUUGAUGAAUUAAAAGUUGAAAUAGCUAAUUUAAAAUCAGAAAAAGCGUACUUUCAAAGCAGAUGUUAUAAUAUAGAGAAUAUAAAUAUUGAACAACCAAGUACAUCAAAGAUCAAUAUUGAAAACAAAAAUGCAAUGUCACUUCAAAAUAAAACUAAAAGCGAAUAUUAUGGAAAUGAUCCUCAGUUAAACACACCUACCAAACGAUUUCUAUUAGGAUGUGUAUUUUUAUUUGUCGAGGGCCAAAUUCAGCAGGAAGAUAAUAAUAUAUGUAAUAAAACUACGCCCAAGGAUAAUAUUAUUAAAUAUGGUGGAUUAGUUGAGCAGUUUUAUUCUCCUCGUAUUACACAUGUAAUUUGUGUCACCCAAAAACAUUGUAUAGUUGAACAAGGUAUGAAAGAUGGUAAAAGAUGCGUCACUGAUUACUGGCUCAGCGAUAUUAUUUCUAAAAAAAGUAUGAUACAACCUUGGCGAGCCAUCCAUUUUCCCAUACCAUACAGAAUGGACAACUUGCCAUGUCAAAAUUUUCAAAUUUCAAUUGUUAAUUUUGGUAUAAACGAAGGUCAUAUAGUUAAAGCAAUGAUUGAACAAGUCGGUGGUGGUUAUUCAUUUAAAAAAGUUACUUCCAGAACUGAUGUUGUUAUUAGCCGGAAAUUAGAAGGUGAACUUGUAGAAAAAGCUUUAGCAAUUAAUAAGCCAGUGGUGAGUGUCCAGUGGUUAAAUGACAUUCUUUUUGGAUCAAGACUCGGAAUAAAAGAACCUGGAAAUAUAAAAUACCAACAAUUUGAUAUAUGUGAUCCAUUUUUAGUGAAUUAUGACAUGGUAUCAAGUUUAAUGGAGGCCUGGAAAACUCCUUUGUCUAUUAAUAAAAAUCAACAAGUAUAUGAUUUGACUUUAAAUUCAGAUAGUCCUACAAAAUGUAAAAGACAAAAAACAAUGUCUGAAUGUCAUAACAUGAAAAAUUUAAUUAAUGAUGACAAUGAUGACAAUGAUGACGAUGAUGUUGUCAUUACUUAUAUAAAAAGCUUACCAUCAAAACCAUGUGCUAUGUUUUGUGGUUUUUCAAAUGACGAUCAAGAAAUAUUUAAAAUGAUAUUACUUUUAUUGGGCGGUACAGCAACCACUCACUGUUUGGAAGCAUCUCAUUUAGUCAUGAACAAGCCUAUACCAUCGAUAGAGUUGUUUGGUUGUCUUCCUACUGUUAAAUUUAUUCUCAAUGAAAAUUGGUUAAAAGAUUCACAUUCCAGUUUAAAAUUUCAAGAUGAGAAAAAAUAUUGUAUAGAACAUAUACAAGAUAAAUUUUUGGGGUCAUGUUAUUUACCGCCAAUUCUUGAAAAGAAGAACCGUCGUCUACUAUUUAAAGACUUAUCAUUCUUUGUUACUCCUGGAAUUAUAUAUCCACCCUCUAAACACUUGGAGCUAAUCAUUUCUUCUUCUGGUGGUAAAAUUGAAAGAAUAAGAAGAUCUUUGGAGUCGAUUCGAUGUGUGGCACCCAAUUCCUAUUUUAUAAUCUCAUGUGAAGAAGAUUAUUGUUUGUACAAUGACUUAUCGGAUAUUGAUAACGUUGUUUAUUUACCGGAAUUUAUAACAUGUUCAGUCUUGGCGCAGCAAGUCCAACUACAAAAGUUUUUACUGAAUGUAACUGCUCAAAACUAA